AUGGGCGUGCCCGCUCCAGUUGCCAUGUGCAUCUUCAUCUGGGUGAUGUCAGUGAUGUCAACCCGCGGUGUGGGCUUUGCUGUGGUGCCUGCGUCGCGCAUCUGCUCAGUGGCAUCUACACUUCCUUCAAACCCUGCGGCAGCAGCCUCAAUGCGAAGGCGCAGCAAGGGCACCCAUGCUGCCCGUUCUGGGCAUGCCUUGCUCGCUGCCUUUGCUACGAGUGCUGCAUUUCUCAGGCACCCGAGGAAAAGGGAUGCAAAGCGUUCAAAGCGGGUUGCCAUGGAAUGUGUUGGGGGUCUUGCUGGCCUGGCCGCGUCUAUGGGCACGAUGUUGGUGGCCGACUAUGCAGGCAAGUACUUGCUUGGCAAGUCCGCGCAGCUUCUUAUGGCAAAGAUGGGUGAACAUGCAGCGGCAGGAACUAUAGCACAAGUUGCCGCUGCUGCGAAGAAUGGCCAGAGGUGGGCACAGUCGGCCGGCAAGUUGAUGACGCAAGCUCGCUUCAUGAGGGGUGGUUGGACAGUCACAAAGAUCCUCGGUACCACAGCCUGCUUUCCGCCUCACACCACUGUCAAUCGGAUUGCCCAUGGAAAGGCUGAGUUGGUCGAGGUGGCAGACCUGCGAGUUGGUGAUUCUGUGCUGACCCUGGAUGCAAACCUGGAGGCAGUGUGGACCGACGUGCAUGCUGUUGUGGCGCAUUCGGGACAUGAUCAUGAGCUGGUCUGCUGCACUGUCGCCGGGCAGCACGGCUCCAAGUCGAUGUCAGUGACACGAAAUCACAAGCUAGUGGCGCAGCGUGGUGGGAGGUUGGUGACUGUUUGCGCUGGAGACCUCUGUGCCGGUGAGAAGCUCGUCAUGGGCGAUGCGCGCCAAACCUCUGCCGUCCAGAGUCUGACCUCUUCUUGCAGCAGCUGCGUGUACGAAGUCGAGACUGGCGCAGGCACAGUGAUUGCCAAUGGCUUCAUGGUAAUGGCAGCAAAUACUGACAGCGUUUCGGGGUUAGCUCUGUCGGAAGAGCCUUCCCUCAUUGGGGAGCCCCUUGGGGUUCUUGCGUAA